UUUGUUUUGAAGCAGAACACUCUCCAGGCAAGAUGGCGGCCUCGGGGUCUGUCCAACGGUCCGGGAAGGCGACAGACGCUGGCGAGUCCCGGUCCGGUACCGGCCUCGGCAUCGCGUGCGGAUCCGCCUACUCGUGUCCGCCCGCGCACGACACCGAGACACCCGUCGUCUGCGAGCAUGCGCGGUCCGCCGGCAGCCCGCCCUGCUCUGGCCAUGGGCGACGAAGGACCGAGGCCGAGAGGAGCGGUGGCGAGGUGGCGGCGAAGGACGCCGAGCACCGGAGAGGACCGACAGACUUGUUUAUUUGUCCAAGCGUGGUCCAGACGUCUGCAGAAGGUCCAAACAUGAAGCACAAGCUGCCUGUGUGCGAGGACCGAGAGGAGAUGAGGAGGAGGAGCCUAUGCAGAGAUGAGCCAGGUGUUCUGUCGGACUCUGAGAACGAGGUGCCCAUCGGCAGGAGGAUCAGGACCUUGUCCGCCUUUGUCAGGAGAACGAGAACCUCUUCCGGCAUCACCAGGUCAUCUCAGAGGAGCCGCAGCUGCACGCUGGAGCACAGAGGAGGGAAGCUGAAGUUGGUCUCGCAGGUGGCCAUGUUGGACAGGGUUGGCGUCGGUCACAGCUUCACGGCCGGAAUCCUCCUCUCAUCCGAGAACAGCCGCUCCGUCUCAGCACCCGCUUCUGCUCCCGAACGCCGGCCGGCUUGGCGGACAGCAAUGACGUCGUCAGCCACGCCCCUGAGCUUCCCUCAGUUUGGAGCGGAACGCUCCAUUAGUCCCGAGAGCAACGACAGCAUCUCGGAGGAGCUGAACCACUUCAAACCCAUUGUAUGCUCGCCGUGCACGCCACCGAAACGUCUGGCGGACGGUCGACUGCUGGAGCCCACCAUCGUCAAGUCCACGCCCCGGAAUCUAACGAGCGGCCUGACCAAGCCCACAAGCUACGAGACCAGCCCGGCCGUGCUGCAGAGGUGGCGGCAGAUCGAACUGGACCGCCAAAGCUUCAAAGUUAACUCAAAGGCCACACUGACCAGUCCCAUCAAGGAGCUCCAGGACAGUGUGGGGGUGUCCUCGGGUGGGCGGAGCGGCACCAGCAACAAGAGAAAGCUGGUGUUCGACCCUCCAAACACAGAUGGCGAUGCCUUCCAGAAACAGACAGUCAAGAUCCGCGUCCCCGCCGUCCGCUACAGCAGCGAGGUGACUUUCAGAGGAAGUUCCGAGUUUGAGACUACGGUGGGUGUUCCGGAGCUGCGAGGGGGAGGGGCUUUGUUUGGCCGCAGACAUUCAUUCUCUCCUUACGCACACAAGUCGGGCUUCCAGUCCUGUAAGAUGGUGCCAAAGGACUCGUCGAGCCCCCGUAAAGAGUCCGACAGCGGCGUCCGCUACCAAACGACUACCUCAAAGAGGAGCAGGAAGAGCCACCAGAAGACCAAACACCUGGACCAGGACCGAGACUCGGACCGAGUGGCCCCAGAGGUCUUUGACGAGCACCUCCUCCGCACCAUCCGACAGGAGAGGCGGGACCGAGCGCUAGCCGUGAAGCUGCAGAGACAGUUUGACCGAGAGAGCGACCCCUGCAGGACCAGUCCUGACAAGUACUUCCUGCGCUCCUGGAUGUCCAAUCAGAAUCGCAGGAGGCGCGGCCUACGACGCUCUCGACGUAUCAACAAGCAGCGCUAGUCAAAUCAAGGAAUCCAAACAUUUUUUUCCACCAACAUCUUCAUCAUUUCCUGACACUAACUGGCACUAAAGGAUCCUGCUGUAAAAGAAACAAAAAAAUCAAACAUGUUGUCACAUGACUUUUCCUCUCUCCAUUGUGCUAACAGGUUGACGUGCAAGGAGGCAAAUGUUAGCUUGCUAGUACAGCAAACACAAAGUUGACCAAUGAUGACUUUGCUUCUACUGCAGUAUUUUUCUCACAUUAUUGCUUCUUAUCAUUGAUUUUGGAAAUCAGCAUAUUUUUUUACUUUGGAUGUUUGUCACAGUGUCAGUGUGUUCAGUUUCCAUCAUCAGUAACUUUAAACACAAGCUUUUAUAUACAUAAAUAUAUAUAGAUAUACUGUAUAUUUUAGGGGGUGUCCCAAUGAGACCAUCUCCUCCACUGAAGGGCUUUUUUUCUUGACAUGCCAGCUUUAAUUUACUUUCUACAGCAAAGAUGUUAUGCACAUUUUCUAAACUAGUUGAAGAGUGUUGGAUGAUGUAGCAGAGUGCCAAAUGACUGGUUGAAACUGUGACAUUUUGUAUGACAGCACGUCUAAAUUAUUAAAAAGUUGAAACCAUCACCGUCAAAGAUUGGUCAGCAAGAACGCGUGAACGUUCCAAAUAACUAACAAACACUUGGUGACGCUGAAAAGCCUGGAGAACUUUCCACGUGGAACGACAGGAGUUAACCUGAAUGUAUGACCGGACCAAUAUGGCGGCCUCGCUGACGACAACAUGACGUCAUUUUGAGACCAAUCAGGAGCUUCCAGAUCACGGGGUUUGUGUUUGGGACGGAAGACAGCAAGAUGGCAACUGCACGGAGUGGUCUCUUGGAGAAAUGGCGGAUCGACGAGAAGCCGGUGAAGAUCGAUAAAUGGGAUGGAGCGGCAGUGAAGAACUCUUUGGAUGACGCUGCCAAGAAUGUCGGUGGUCAAACACGCAAGCGUGCUGUGACGUCACGUGUCUGAGAUUUCUUGCUUUGUCCUGCGGCUCU